AAUUGAACAGGCACAAUCAGAAUGGCGGGGCCCAGCGCGGAGCUCGCGAGGCGCUCCCUCGCCCUGCAAGAGCACAGCCUGAGGGUCCUUUCCCAACUGCUGCCACAGGUUUUCAGCUCCUUAGGACCGUUAAAUCAGGGCUCCAUUUCGGAGGACUUUGCACAUGGCCACACUGGCGCCACUUCACACCCCGCGAACGGGAGUCUUUCAUUUCUUGGUUUCCAUGCACCAAGGCCACGACCUUCAGCUCUUUCUCAAGUUCGGCAGUUCACGGGGCUUGCAGCGACAGCACCCGCUUGUCAGGAGUAUGCGUACGCGACCUCCGAGAACAGCGACACGUUUGAGAACGGCAGCAUUGAUGGCAGGACAAGGAGUCGCGGCAGUGCGGUUGAUGGCGGGGGUGGUAGGAGUUGGGCGAAAGCUGCGCUUGCGGAAAAGCCGAAAAGGUUUGGGGUUCAGCCACCAACAGCUGGUAAUGGUGCGGGGUGGACUGGGCUUGAUGACGCUCCGAGCGCCCCUCCUAGUCCCAUCACUUCGGAAGAAUAUUUCGCCAAGUCUCGGAAGGAAAGCCACAGCUUUGCGAGCUCGUCUGGUGACGCGGCAGCUCACCGACAUGCAGAAGAGCCCCGAAUGUCAUCAAAAGCGGAGGCUCGGCGGGGGAAGGUUCAUUGGGUCGAGAUCGACGCGAACGAUGGGCUCAAGGCAAGGGAUUGCUACGGGACGCAAGUAGACCCGCGCUUGGACAAGUUUCUGGAGACCUCGCGGGAAGAACUAGAGGCGUACCGUCUGCGGGAGCUGGCGGAACGCCGCAACGCGGGACACAACGGUGCCCCGUUUCUAGCGGAGUAUCGGUGGCCUGAUAAGUUCCAAGUGGCGGCGGCGGCCGAAGCGGGGGAGAAGUUCACGAGCCCGUGGCGGCCGGAGACACCGGCGGCAAAGGGGGGUGUGAAGCCCAAAAACAGUGCGCCCUCGCCAAAGUUCCGGACGGUUUCGAUGGUGGAGGAUUACUUGGAGAAGCUGCUCGCGAUGGGGCAGUACGAGGAGGUGCCAAAGGAGUUCAGCACGUACAAGUACUGGUGCCAGUCCGAGUACGAAAAGGUUUCGGACCGGCUGACUGGGAAAAUGUACACGUCGGUACUCCUGGCGUUUUUGCACUCGAAGGCUGACCUAAACCGGUGCCUGCGACUGCACGAAGAGAUGCGCAAGCAUGGCAUCGUCCCCAGUUGCCUUCAUUACAACACCCUCCUGAAGGUUGCCCUCCAAGACGAGUUCGCCAACGCCAAGGCGGCAACUGAGUUGGUGGACGAGAUGCAAGAACUAGGGGUGGCGCCGGACCACGACACAUAUAACACGGCGGCGCUCGUUUGCUCGUGGGGCAAGUACUCGAUGACUGCGCACCGCUACGUCACCGAGAUGCUUGCCAAGGGGUUGAUGCCGCCCCCGCGCACGCUGCAGGAAGUGCUUAUAUCUCACAUCCGGUCGAUCGGGGAGGGGUCCAAGCGGACAGAGGAGGCGGGGGCGCUGCUCAAAGUGAUGCUCGCGCAGGACAUCGCCAUCAAGACGUUCAUGGUGCAAGAGGUGCUAACGGCGUGCAUCGACCAGGACGACGCCAAGACCGCCGCCCUGUGUAUAAACCUGCUCCACAAGCGCAGCCACGUGUUGGACGAGGGCACUCUCACGGCGGCACUGCACACGGCUGCGCGGCGCGGGGACGUCGACCUGAUGCAACUAGCAUGGGCGGGACUCUUGAAGGCGGUGGGCGAGCCGAGCCCCGCGGCGCACCUGGCGCGGCUGCACGCGCUUACGGUGCCGAGGCCGUCGCAGGGGGGGAUUCCUCUGGAGCGCCUGUUUCAGGAACUGGCGCAACUAGAGGAAAGUUUGGGGCCCCGGCUAGCAGAGAUGGAUCCCGAGGAGGCGGACCUGGUUUUGGACCCCGCUAAGUCGUACAAGUGGCUCAUUGCCAGGCUCAGCCGGCGGCUCAAAGCCCUGGACAAGGCGUACUACGUGCUGACCGUGAUGCACGACGCGGGUCAGCGGGUGCCCCUCCUGGGCCUCAACUGCAUCAUCCAGGGCUGCGUCAACGUGCGCGACAUGAGCCGGGCUUUCCAGACCUUCGACGAGAUCCAGCGGACGUUCAAACUAGAGCCGGACGUGCACUCGUACAACGCGAUCCUGGACGGCUGCGGGCAGGCGCGCCAGGUCGCUGCGACCGUUCGCACGUUUGAGUUGAUGGAGGCGUCCGGCGUAACUUCCAACAAGCGCUCCUGGGAGUUGCUGGUGUCAGCCCACGUCAUCAACCGGAAUCCCGCCAAAGCCCUGGUGACGCUUCAAGAUAUGGUGAACAGGGGUUUUGUUCCGGACAAGGCGGUUCUAGACGGGUUACUACGGCGGAGUCGGAGGGAAAACUACGAACUAGGCAUAACCACGGUAGUUAAGCUGAUGGAAGCGCUAGGUUUCCAGGAAGACCCGAAAGCGGUGGAAAGGCGAAGUAGAAUUGGAGAGGUGUUAAGUGAGUAUUAGACGCGGAAGAAAGGUUGGAGUCGGUUGCUGUCGGUCCACGUUUUUUUGUCAGCCGCGAUUGGGUCGCAGUUGCAAGACUUGGCCCUUCGGGCAGCUUCCGAAAUAAUCAAGGUCAAAUGCCAUGGCUCCAAACUUGUACCAUUCACGAUCAUGGAAGCACUCG